AUGUCGUCUUUGUCAGUGAUACACAUCAAAAUAACGAGUGACGCUAGUCAAUUUCCUUGUGAAAAGCAUUAUCCACCAAGCAUGCAACUUAAGGAUUUGAAGAGUAAAAUACAACUGGUCGUUGGUAUGGCGGCCGAGGCAAUGCAAAUAGAACUCCGUGACAAAACUGGAAAAUUUAUUGCUUCGUUAACUGAUGAUAUGGCAACACUGGAGAAUCUUGGGAUUGGUGACGGAAUGAACGUUCAUGUGAAAGAUUCAUCUGGCUUGGUGAGCAAUCUAAUGGAUCCAUCAAUGGUUGAGAAAUACGCCAUAUCCGAUGAGCAGUAUGAUCAACGAGAUGAGAGUGUACGUGCCUGGAAGAAACGUCAAGGGCUUGGUAUGAGUCCAGAUGGACAACAGUCACAGCAUGAGAUUGAGGCAUCGAGGCAGAUGGCUGAACAUAUAAAGGUUGGCAGUCGAUGCAGCGUUCAGUUGAGCAAUCAACCGGAAAAACGAGGUGUUGUAUCGUUUGUUGGUGAAACCCAGUUUAAGCCAGGUUAUUGGAUUGGUGUUACUUACGAUGAACCGGUCGGUAAAAAUGAUGGUUCAGUGAACGGUCAGAGAUAUUUCCAAUGUGAUGAUAAAUACGGUGGAUUCGUUCGGCCAAAAGAUGUACACACCGGGGAUUAUCCGCCGUUCAUAUCAGAUCGUGAGAUGGAAGAAAUAUAA